AUGUCUUACAGCUUGUUGUGCGACUUCAUCAUGGUGGGUUGUUCAACAACGAAGACAGCUGUUAAAUCCUUUGCCGUGUUCGUCGCCUUUUCUGUGCUUCAGAGAUGUUCAUCUUCAUCUCCUGGAUCUGUUUGGGAAGGCAACAGUCACAUCGCUCAGCAGUUUGGCUUUCCUUUCCCAUUUCCACUCCCGAAAUUUAAUUUCUCAGACGUCUCCGAAGAGUGCCAAGCUAUGGUCCAAAAACUUUUGAAAUCGCCGCUAUCCUUAAAGUAUUUGGAUGCUAUCGGUAAACCUCAAAGUGGACUUUUUUGGGGUAACACUGGUUGGUUAGGAUCUUACAGUGAGUGUACUGAAAGCAUUCCUGAUGCCCACUAUUGUUUGGCCAAUGUGGCUUUUCCACAGCUUUCCUUAACCAUUACGGAGUCUAUUCCUGUGCGCUGGGGUAUUUGUGCUCCAAAACAAUGCAGUGAAAAGGAUGUUACAGCAGGACUGCAAGAUAUGUUUACAGGAAUCAACAAGUAUAUGAAUCAGACUGAGGUAGAAUUAAGGCUGAUUUCUAACCUAUAUGGACCUCCAGCAAGCGACAAAGCUGUUCACUGCAAUAAGAAAUCAGAAUACACAACAGGAGUAAUAUUCACUCUGAUCUUGUGUGGUCUAAUCCUGUAUCUCUGCCUUAUUGGAACACUUAGCGACAUUGUGAUUAGCUUUUUGAAGAAAACCUCUGAACCUGUCAACAACAGAAAUGGCUACAUACCAAUCAGAGACGACUCCUCAGUAACGUUUGAAGGUGAUGUUCCUGAUUCAUGCACAGGAAGUGGCGCGCAUAGCAGUAACACCACGCAAUUCAUGAACCCAUCCCCUAAAGUGGCAAUUAGUGCAUCGACUAGGCUUACAAGUUUUUCCCAGAAGAGAGAUGAGCCAUAUUUAGUGGUGCAAUUUUUUCUGUGUUUCUCAUUAAUUAAAAACACAAGCCGUAUUAUGGACACCAAAGUCCCUGCCGGCGCCAUCACGUCAAUCAAUGGAAUGAGAGUGAUGAGUAUGUGGUGGGUGAUCCUGGGACAUGUUUAUGUGCUUCAAACUGUAUCAAUUAUGAGUAACCUCCUCUCCGUGGUUGAAGUCAUACAUCGAUUUACGUUUGAAGCUAUUGGCAAUGCUACCUUUUCGGUGGACAGUUUCUUUUUCCUGAGUGGUCUCCUGGUUUCGUAUUUGUCUUUGCGUCACAUGGAGAAGAAAAAUGGACAGCUGCCACUUUUUAAGUACUACUUCCAUCGUUUUUGGAGAUUAACUCCAGCUUACAUGUUCGUUUUGUUGUUUUACGACAAACUGAAUAGAUUUCUUGGUGACGGCCCUUUUUGGUAUAAAGCACAGGCAAAGAACCCGUGUGACAAGUAUUGGUGGACCAACUUACUCUACAUUAACAACUUCUAUCCAACUAGCAUGAAUGCAUCGUGCUUUGGUUGGGCCUGGUACCUAGCAAAUGACACGCAGUUUUAUAUCAUUGCUCCCGCCAUACUCUUCGUCGCGUACAGGUUUCGUCUUCGAGGAUUGAUUGUGAUUGUUGGGUUCUUACUGAGCAUAAGUUUCGCCACCACAGCUGCUAUAUAUGAUCAUUACAAGAUUUCCGCCGUUAUACCUAGUAGAGAAACUCAGGAACAAAGCCGGAAAGGUGUGGAUUUCAUGUCUCUGACUUACGUCAAGCCUUACUGUCGUAUUUCACCAUAUCUUGUUGGCAUGGUAACUGGCUACUUACUUCUCAACGAAAAGAACUGGAGACUUCCUAGCAAGGUUCGGACGUACUUGAUCAACAUGGCUGGCUGGUGUGUUGCUAUCGCUCUCGCCCUGUCUACUCUGUAUGGUCCGUACAAAGUCACCAGGAAAGAUAAUCCCGUGCCAUUCUCUCGCGCUGAGAAUAUCAUAUACGGGACUUUCUCACGGUUUGCAUGGAGCCUGGCACUAGCUUGGGUGAUUUUUACUUGCCAUAAUGGGCUUGGAGGUUUGGUGAAUAAAUUCCUGUCGGCUCGAUUCUGGAUUCCACUGAGCCGGCUGACGUACUGUGCCUAUCUGGUUCACCCCAUCAUCAUCCUCACUCUGUUUCUCUCGUUUGAGACUGUUUGGGCAUAUUCUGAUGUGCAUGUGGCUUUCUGUUAUGUCGGUGUACUUGGCAUUACGUAUGCAGGGGCCUUUAUUGUGUCAGUGUGUGUGGAAUAUCCCAUGAUGCAGCUGGAGAAGUUAAUAUUCAAAGGCGAUAACUGAGCUCAGAUGUCAUGGCUGGAAGCAAGUGUCUCGCACACUUCAUUCGUUGAUGCACUAUUCUAACACUGACACGUAUUGUUAUGAUCAUCAUUAUGGUCAUCACAAUACAUCCAAUGCAAUUAAUAAUUUUUGAUAAUUAGUCGCUUUUAACAUUUUUUGUUGUUAGCAUCUGACUUUGUCCUCAGUGUAACCUCAAAAGGUUACCUAAGAGAAUGAGCGGACAAUUCGAACGCACACAGUGAUCUUUAUUGUUUUUGGAUGAUAGCGCUAAGACGAAAUUUGCUCGAUAAGAGUAGCGGUUGAGGUUGCGUGUGUGUGUGUGGUUCGAACUAAAAGAAAAUACAACAUGAACUAAACUAAGAAAAAUGCGUUGCGAAAUGUAACAUUAACCUAACUAAAAAUGAAACGAUUGCACGGAAAACUGUAUACGAGAACUACACCAAUAACAAAUACAAAAGGUAAACAACGUAAAUGUUAAAG